GAGGCAUGUAUGCAGUAGUUGCACUACUUGACCAGUUCGACAGCCAGCGGUGACCGUAAGUGCCACCUAUGCCGGAAUCUCACACCUAAUCAGACCCCAUUGAGCUUCUUCUAAGACACACCCAUUUUUACAUUCUUACACAGAAUGAAUGAACGAUGCUGAGGAAAAGUCAGCUCCAGCCCACCCCUCAAAUACCAACCCUUAUUUGACUUUGCCUUUUACUUUUUUGUUCAUUUCUUUGACACCCUGAAACCCCCAAUGCAAUCGGAGCCACGUCAGCGGGGCUCGUCUGCCGGAGAUGGGCCGGCGCUGGUUAGAAGUUACAAGGACUGGAAAGGCAGCAAUAUAUUUCUUCUUGGUGGAAGGCUUAUAUUCGGACCGGAUGCGAGAUCUCUUGGGUUAACUGUAUGCCUCAUUGUUAUUCCUGUUGCAGUUUUCUGUGGCUUUGUGGGGAGAAAACUCGUUGAUCAUUUGGGAAUUUCAGUAAUGAUUGCCAUUAUUGUUCUGACGAUAUUUGUUUUGGUUCUCCUUCUAAUAACCUCAGGCAGAGAUCCUGGUAUUGUACCUCGUAACCUUCACCCUCCAGAGCCAGACGACUAUGAUGGGAGUACAGACACCGGUUCCGGUGAAACACCACAGUCACGUUUUCCACGCAUGAAGGAAGUGCUUAUCAAUCGUAUAAUUGUGAAGGUCAAGUAUUGUGAUACCUGCAUGCUUUACAGACCUCCCCGUUGUUCUCACUGUUCCAUAUGCAAUAACUGUGUGCAAAGAUUUGAUCAUCACUGUCCUUGGGUUGGCCAGUGUAUUGGAUUGCGAAAUUACAGGUUCUUCUUCAUGUUUGUCUUCUCUGCAACUCUUCUUUGCAUAUAUGUACAUGGGUUUUGCUGGGUCUAUGUCAAGAUGAUCAUGAACAGCGAGGACAUAUCAAUUUGGAAAGCACUGAUUAAGACUCCUGCCUCCAUUGCCCUCAUAAUCUACAGUUUCCUUGCUUCCUGGUUUGUUGGCGGCCUUACUAGCUUCCACUUAUACCUCAUCAGUACAAACCAGUCUACUUAUGAAAACUUUAGAUAUCGGUAUGAUGGACGAGCCAACCCAUUCAAUAAAGGGGUAAUUGAGAACUUCAUGGAGGUAUUCUGCACCAGCAUUCCUCCAUCUCAGAACAAUUUCAGGGAAAAAGUUCCAAUCAAUCCUGCACAAGUUGGUAACAAUUUUGACGGUCCUGUCAUGGGGAAAGCCAUUAGUGACAUUGAAAUGGGGAAAAAGCCAGGGUGGGAUGAGACUGCCAGGGAGACAGGUGACUAUGGAGGACAAUUUAGCAAUGAUGAUGGAGAAGGAAAGGACAAUGGAUUUAGCGAGGCAGAUGUAUCUCCGGAUUUGAGCAGAACGCUUCCGACAGAGAGCACAGAGAGCCACAGCACAGCCUUGCAUCCUAGCAGGCGUUCGAGUUGGGGAAGGAGAAGUGGAAGUUUAAAUAUAUCACCUGAAGUUCUUGCUAUGGCAGCAGGAGUUGGGGACUCCAGGCGAGUCAGUGAUCGAAUCAGUGGCAGCUUUACCUCAGAGUCCGGACAACAAUCUCAGAUGAGUUCCUAAAUACUGAAAUAA